UUUGAUGCCAACUUUAAAUUUCCGUGUCUUUUUUACAGACUGGUAAAAAAUAAUUAUUGUUAAUUAAUUGAUCAUGGGAGGAUCUGUUUCAACUUCAUCGCCUAAACUUCUCUACAGUGUUGAAAAAAGUCUCAUAAAUGAUUUAAUUACUAAAAACUGUGUUGUUAUAUUUUCUAAAACACAGUGUACUUACUGUAGAAGAGUAAAGAAGUUGCUCACUGAAUCCAAUGUACAUUUCUUAUCUAUUGAGCUUGAUAAAAGAGAAGAUGGAACUAAUCUCCAAAAUGCACUACAUGAUAUAACUGGAGUUAGAACAGUUCCACGAGUUUUUAUCAAUAAAGAAUGUGUUGGUGGUGCAACUGAUGUUGAAAAAUUACAGAAAGAGAAUAAAUUGAUGGAGAAGAUUCAAAUGUGUGAAGGAAGGCUUUGAUGUUUAAUUGGUUUUAGAAUCCUGUAUAGAGCAUAUUUCAUUUAUAAAAUUUUAUUCUUUGACUUAAGUGAGAAAUAUUUAUAUUUAAUUUAUUGUUAUGCAGUUUUAUUUAUUG